AUGGCUUCUGGAUUCGGCGCCGCCCAGUCGUACUGGGAAUCCUUAUCGGCGCGAGGCCCAAGUGGAGUCACUGAUGACUACUUAUUCAAGACACUUGUCUCAAUCGGUAUCUUUCGAUGCCCCCAUUAUGUGGUUGUGUCGUCUGAACUCUACAACAAAUCUGGUAUCGAGACGGGUUCCUUACGGACCAGUCUCAUCUCCGCUUCCGCACUCUUUCUUUCAUUUGGCACUAGUAUGAACUUCCCUAGUGAAGAGGUUACAUCGGCUGAUUCGGAAGAUUUCGGCCCCUUGGCGACUUUCGCUGCUGACCUCGGCAAUGCGGUGAUGGCUGCCGCCGCAUCCGCGGUGCCUCCUGUAGCACAGGAUCCCACACCUAUCGCCGCUGUUCCGCCACCGCCGUUGCUUGUAGCCUCCUCCGCACACGGCGCUGGCGGCGCAGAAAGGGCUCCCACGGCUGCUGCAUCCUUACCGGUGCAGGACGUCGAGGAAAACCUUUACAGGAUACAACAUUUCUGCCGCAGGAGCAAUCAAGAUGGCCAGCUGGGUCUCGGUGACAACAUCAACCGGGGCACGGAUCCCGCUCAGAUGGGCGCCGCCCUGCCCUUCGUGGACCUGGGUCCGGGACUGGCGGCGGUGGCGCUGGCGGCGGGGGAUGCACACACAUGCGCCGUGCUGCAGCCGGGAGGAAGAGUCAAGUGCUGGGGGAGCAACACUGCCGGGCAGCUGGGUUUGGGUGACAACCGCACCCGAGGACUGCGCCCCACUGACAUGGGUGCCGCACUUCCCUUCGUGGACCUGGGCCCGGGGCUGAACGCCACCGCCAUCGUGGCCGGCUCGCGUCACACGUGCGUGCUGCUGCAACCGGGAGGCCGAGUCAAGUGCUGGGGCUCCAAUUUCUAUGGUCGUCUUGGUCUUGGAGACACGCGGCCUCAGGGCCUGCGCCCCACUGACAUGGGUGCCGCACUGCCCUUCGUGGACCUGGGCCCGGGGCUGAAUGCCACCGCCCUGGCCGCCGGCACGGCCCACACAUGUGCCCUUCUGCAGCCGGGCUCCGUGUUGAAGUGCUGGGGGUGCCGCCACCGCAAACGCGUGAAACUACAAGAGCCUACCUGGCGUGCCUACCACAGAAGCCGCGGCUAG